UCGUGGGCACUUGGUCGAGACAGAGAUAGAGACAGACGGAUGGAGAACACGAACAGCAGCCACGAUCUGUCGUUCGAUGUCGUCGGGGUACUGCCGACCUUCCCGACAACCACACCACUCGAACCCAGCCUCAUCGGUUCGCACACACGCAAAGCGCGGCCUCAGUCCCACCAUUCGUAUGCCCUGGGAGGGGAAGGCAUAGCAUUAGGCACAGGUGGGAGUACAGAAUCUGGUCUUGAGCAAGGGUUCGAGCGAGAAAGCUACGACUCAGAUGAAGAACUGGAAGCGAUCCGAGGAUCGGUGCGCAGUCUCCGCGCGCAGCGGGCUGCCGUGGAGAAGCUGAAGGAGAAGGCACGGCUGCAGGAAGGUACGGCAGAAGUGCUCAAACGCAAGCUUCGGGAAGCGGAGGAAAAAGUUCGUGAGCUCAGGGCUCAGGGAGGACGAGAUGUGGUGCGACGCCUCAUGGGCGAGGUGACCGAGCUGCGUGCUCGGCUCAAGGCCACUUCGACGGCCUUUCAGACGCGGGAGAACAGCGUAGCCGAGCUGCGGGAAGCCGUGCAGACCCUGACCCUGGAUUUGCGCGCGGGACAGGAGAAAGCGAGAGCGCAGUCUCGAAAGCUCGAACAGCAGGUGACUAUCGCCCGCUUGGAGGAAUCUUGUGCGAGGUGCGAAGAGAGGGCAGAGAUGGCGGAGAAAACAGCGGAGGACAAGUGCGCUGCCUCUGGCCGCGAGUUGGCGUCGCUGUCAGCGCUCUUGAGGGAGGCCAACGCCACUCUCGACGCGUCUAAAGGGAGCAUGCAAGCCACAGUGGCGAAGCAGGCGGAGAAACUCGAAGCUGCCCGCAAGGAAAAGGAGUCUCUGCUGUUCGAGAAAGACCAGGCUCAGGAACGUGUGAAGGAGCUCACGUCCAUGUGCGAACGGCAGCGGUCGAAGCUCGCCGAUGCCGGGCAUCGCGCCAGAGAGCUUGAACGAUUGGCUUCGGCUGCGAAAAAGGAAACCAGGCUGGCGCAGGAGCAGGCGGCAAAGCUGAAGUCGGAGUUGUCUGCGGCUGACAAGAGAAGGAGGGAGGAGGAUGCCGGCGCCACGAUAAAGCUCAGGACUGCUGCUCGGCAGGUGGAAGAGCUGCGGUCUGAGGUGGUUCUGGUGAAAUCGGAGGCCGCGGAAAAGGCGCGACAGCUCGUCAAGCAUCGAGAUGAGGCAACACGCGAGACCUUCAACAAGUCGCACUUGUUGCCUCCACCGCUUUAUGCCGCGUUCCUCAAGAUGUCCGCGUUCCGCGAGGACGUCAGCAAACUGCGAGAGGCGGCGGUGCAGCAGGGAGACAUGCGACAGGCAGUGCGGGACCGAGAUGAAACCAUCAGAGGUCAGGAUGAGGGCCACCACAUUUGCUACAUACAUGUCACGCGGAUAGGCCCGCUUCCCUCAUGCGCCGAAGAAGAAAACAAGCUCCGAUCGACGCUUCAACCCGCGCAAUACCAGGAGCUUCGCAGCACGCGGCGACAAGGACGGAAACAGGCCGUUCUCGAGCACGCGCCACCGACGGGAAGCGAUCGCCGCCUCACGCGCGACAAGCCCUUGAGCCGGCACGCCACCAUGCGUAGUAUUCGGACCAACGGAGAUUCCCAUCGCAGCAGCGCCAACAGCUCUUUGAAGGGUGAGGCGUGCGUCGCUCGCGAGGAAGAGAAGGUGUUCGGGGAUAGCGAGGCGGGCGAAGUGCUUCUUGACCUUGCAGGAGGGGGGGUGAGAAACGUUGGUACCGGAACUUUGGGCGGAUACGACGAGGGGAAUAGUAGUAGGACCAUGGCAUCGGACGAGUUUGAAAUGCGGCCGGGGCAACAACUAUCGCAACAAGCUUAGAAAAAGUUUGGGCUAUAGUGUA